UUUUCAAAUUAAACAGUAAGUUCUUUUUCUAGGCAGACAGGUACUAACCUGUUCACCAGAAAAUUACGCCAUUUUCCAUAUUACGUUCUUUCAGUGAAAUCAUAUAGCUUGCCUUCAGCGCUUCUCGCAUGGAGACGCACGAAGAAGGCGGGAACUAAUUUUUUAGGAUUAAACAAAAAGUUUAAGUACGUCGCCGUUUAACAUCGGCCACAGCCCUGCACUAAUUCCCGCCUUCAAAAUUUGCGUAUUUCCUCACUGGUAGAAAGCUCUGGACGCAAAAACUAAUGAGAAAUCCUAACAUUACCAAAAUCAGAUCUCAACAUUUGAUACCAAAACCCCUAUCGAGCCCUUCUCUUCGUUCUAGUAUUCGUAUUUGUUCUCCCUCUCCUCGCAGAGAGAACAACGCAAAGUCGAGUACAACGCACAACUUUGGCCUCUCAAAGUCACUUCUUUCUGUACUAGAAAACUGCAAAUCUCUCUUUCAAUUGAAGCAAAUUCAGGCCCAAAUGGUACGCACAGGCUUGAUCAAUGACGGUUUUGCCUCAGGUCGAUUAAUUGCCUUUUGUGCACAAUCGGAAUCAAGAAAUCUUGACUAUUGUGCCAAAAUUUUGAAUAAUACGCUAAAUGUAAAUUCGUUUACUUGGAAUCUGGCAAUUAGAGGGUAUUUAGAGAGUGAAAACCCUGAAGAAGCCAUAGUUUUGUAUAAAAGAAUGCUGAGGACUGGAAGUCCAAGGCCUGAUAAUUAUACUUAUCCUUUGUUGUUUAAAGUUAGUGCUAGUUUAUUGUUGAGUUGUAUAGGUCAUCAAAUUCUUGGGCAUGUACUGGUAUUGGGUUUUGGAAAGGAUAUUUUUGUGCACAAUGCACUGAUGCACAUGUUGGUUUCUAUAGGAGAAUUGGAUUUGGCACGUAAGGUGUUUGAUGAAGGUUGUGUGAGAAACUUGGUUUCUUGGAAUUCCUUGAUUAAUGGGUAUGCUAGGCGUGGGAGAGGAAGAGAGGCAAUAGAGAUUUAUCAAGACAUGUUGGAGGAGCAAGUAAAGUGGGAUCAAGUGACAAUGAUUGGGGUCAUAUCCUCGUGUGCACAGAUUGAGAAUUUAAAACUUGGGAGAGAAUUUCAUCGGCUUAUAGAAGGAAAUGGAUUGAAUUUGACAAUUCCACUUGCCAAUGCGCUUAUGGAUAUGUAUAUAAAAUGUAGGGAUCUUGAGGCUGCAAAAGCAAUAUUUGAAAACAUGACAAAGAAGACAAUUGUCUCAUGGACUACGAUGCUUCUUGGAUAUGUAAAACAUGAGCAUUUAGAUACAGCUAAGAAGUUUUUUCAUGCUAUGCUGGAGAAAAAUGUCGUGUCAUGGAAUGCCAUGAUUGGAAGUUAUGUUAAAGCCAAGCACAGCAAGGAGGCCUUAGAUUUGUUUCAGGAAAUGCAAGCUACUAAUAUUAAGCCUGAUAAGGUGACCAUGGUUCAUUGCCUCUCUGCAUGCUCCCAACUUGGAGAACUUGAAAUUGGAAUAUGGAUUCACCAUUAUAUCAAAAAGCACGAUCUUCCUGUAGAUGUUGCUUUAGGCACAGCUCUAAUUGACAUGUAUGCAAAAUGUGGGAAUAUUAGAAAGGCUCUUCAGGUUUUCCAUGAGAUGUCUGGAAGAAACUCUCUCACAUGGACAGCCAUUAUUGGCGGUUUAGCCCUCCAUGGCAAUGCACACGAUGCCAUUUACUAUUUCUCCAAGAUGAUUGAUUUUGGGUUGAUGCCAGAUGAAAUAACAUUUCUUGGGGUUCUAUCAGCUUGUUGUCAUGGAGGGUUAGUUGAAGAGGGUCGGAAGUAUUUUGCACAAAUGAAAUCCAAAUUUAAUUUGUCUCCUCAGCUUAAACACUAUUCUUGCAUGGUGGACCUUCUGGGUAGGGCUGGUUUAUUGGAGGAGGCAGAAUUGCUAAUCAAAAUCAUGCCUAUGGAGGCAGAUGCCACGGUGUGGGGUGCAUUGUUCUUUGCUUGCCGAAUCCAUGGAAAUCUUCUAAUGGGUGAAAGAGCAGCUUUGAAGCUUCUUGAGUUGGACCCCCAUGAUAGUGGAAUAUAUGUUUUGCUUGCGACACUAUACAGGGAAGCCAAUAUGUUGGAGGAGGCUGGGAAGGUGAGGAAGAUGAUGAGAGAAAGAAGACUGGAGAAGAUUCCUGGUUCCAGUUCAAUUGAGGUGAAUGGUAUGGUUUAUGAGUUUAUUGUUAUGGAUAAAUUGCAUCCUCAGUCCAUACAAAUUUAUGAAUGUCUGAUACAGUUAACUAGACAAUCAGAAUUCACUGAAUGCAUAUCUGAGGGUCCAAGCUGUGGAGAUAAUUUUCUUUUAGGCUUUUAACUCGAAAUUCUAAAGGCAUUUCUCUGUAUAGAUGCAUACUUGUGGAAAUUAUUGAUGUAGAACAGAUGGCACAUUGAUGGCAUAAAGCAGGUUAUAUUUGUUUGAUCCGCUUCAGGAAAGCCCUGCCAUUGAUCCCAAGGUUAAAUAUUUUGCUCCAUUUCCAAAAAUGUCUGUCUUGGACUAAGCUGAUGUUGGUUUUGGUGUGAAACCAAAAUCAAUUCCUACAACCUACAACAGAAUUGGAGGUUAUUCUAGCAGAAGCAUCUACAUACAAAGAGGUUUCCCAUUAUGAAAAAAGGAACAAGGCAGAUUAAUAUCAAUCUGUUACUUCACUCAGGUUAUUUGAUGCCUGGACAGAUUAAAAAACACUGGGAUAAUGGGUGUGCCGGAACUGAUCUUUUGUACACUUGCAUUUGGUUGUGGUGCUGGCUCUGGUGCUUUGACCUUGGAUGAGUGAUCGACGUGCUGUAUGGAAGGGAAGACAGUCAGGCCACUGAUUGCCUUUGGCCAUUGCUAGCUCAAAAAUACCCAUGAAAAUUGUUGGACAUCAGAAUUACUGGUAUGCACAAAAACUUCUUUUUUUU